GGUUUUAAAUGAGACACUGUUUAUGCACUGUAAAUCCUCCUAUAAUUUUAAAAAGUGUGUUUUGAUAAACUUUGUUCUUUCUUUUUGCUCCAUCUUGUGGUGGCUUCAUGAAAACAGGCGUCGCAGGUGGAAUCAUACAGCUUAGCGUUGGCACAACUGGUGGACAAGUUCAACCCGGUGCUGGAGUCAAACCACCAAAGCCAUAUGCACCAGUUCCAGGUGCCGGUGGAUAUGGGUAUCCGUAUGGAGUUCCUUACAGUACUGGUACCGGUACGGGUAUCGGCGCCGUCCCUGGGCAAGGAGCAGGAACGGGAGUGAAAUAUCCAGUUGCAGGAGGAAGAGUAGGAAUCCCUCUGGCUGCAGGAGGCUACCAAAUUGGACAGGGUGGAGCCGGUGGUGGAGUCAAACCACCCAAACAUGGUUAUGGUAACCUUGGAGGAGGAGGAGGAUUAUAUCAGCCAGGUGGUGCUGGGACAGGACUGGGACCUGGAGGAGCAGCAGUCGCACAAGGAGGUGGACAAUACUCUGCUGCUGCAAAAGCUGCUAAAUACGGUGUUCAAUCAGGAGUUGGACCAGGAGGAGUUCAAACAGGUGUGGUUCCUGGUUAUGGUGGAGGAUACCCUCAGCAGUUCUCCCCAGGUCAAUAUGCGCCAGCCGCACUGACCCCACAACAAGCCAAGGCAGCAAAGUACGGUGCGCUGCAGGGCUUCCUUGGCGGAGGAGGAGGCGGAGGAGGCGGAGGCUUCUACAGAGGUGGCGCUGCAGGAUGCCAGGGUAAAUACUGUGGGAGGAGGAAGUAGAGGGUCUCCAGAUCCAGUGACCUCAAGAAACCAUGGUGCUACUGCAUGAUCUAGAAUGUACAUUUUAUAUGCAAACAAAGUCCGAUUAGGCAACCUGUAUAGAUGUUUGUUGUUGCUUACUUGACUUCAAUGUCUGUUUUUCUACAAACCCACCGACCCAGAAUUUUGUACACGUUCUAUUGUGAACAUAUGUUAAAAAAUAGUGCCUUUAGAUAAUUAUGUAUGUGCUCCAGUUAAUCAACCUAAACUCUUUGUACUCCGUCACAGGAGUUAGAAAUGCUUCGUGUCUUCAGUGAGUGUGUGUUUUUAUUGCGAUGACCUUUGUGUUUUGACCCCUCAAACGAGUGGACGUGUCUCGGCCGUCUGAGCAGGACGCGUCGCCUCUCGGGGAGCGUUGGUUUGGUCAAAGCUCGCCCAAACACGGAUCAGAUCUGCCCAAUCUGCUCCCCGCUCUUCCUCCGCUGCUAUUUUUAGCCGUGCUGAGUGUAAAGCGGCAGGAGCCUGCUCGGGCCAACCCAUCUGCUCUCUGAGAUUUUGCUGAUUCUUGUCGCUGUGCAGUGAAAUCUUCUCAGCACUUUCUGGUCUUUGAAGAACAGAAAGCUGAACGCAAUCGAAAUGCCCUUUAAUGCUUCACCGGAGAGAAAAGUGGACGUAGAUGUCAGGCUGACAUGGACUUUAUGUGUGGUUGAAUGUUGAGUGUGUAGUCUCACUUAUUUUUAUUUUUUUAUUUUUUUUACCUGUUUGGACUCAUAGCUUUAUUGUUAUCAGGAAAGCAUAAAACAAGAACAAUCUUUGCAUUUAUCCUCUGUUACUAAUUAUUAUUACAGGCUUUGUUUAAUGGGGGAGGAUGUGUGUUUAUGUGGGGCAUAAAAAUCCUCUUGAUUAUUUACUUGAGCUGCUUUUAUCAGGCUUUACUGACCAAAGGUUUCUGAGUGCUGUUGCCAAUGUGACCGCAUCUCUCCAUGUGUAACUAUGUACUGUAUUUUUGACUAAUUUUGAUGUUAGCUGGCUUCAGUGUCUCUCACCCGGGGCUGCGUGAGAACUGACUUUGAGCCUCGCCAGGUUGGACCAUGUCAGAUGUGACGUGGGAUGCUCUUCAUCUUUAUUUAAAACUGUUUUCAGAGGGAGGAUCUGUGUGGUUUUGCACUUUUUUUUUUUUUUUGUUAUGAUCUCCACGACACAUGCGACUCGAUCCAAGACAUCCUGGCAAUGUCUUUGCUUUAACAGAUAACAAAAUAAAUGUGUUUAAAGAA